AUGAAUUUUCCAAUAUUCAGUGAACUUCCUCCACUUAAAAACAAUGUCCCGACUCCUCUUACCUCAAGAACAUCACAACUUGCAUUCAGAAUCCCACCAAUUUAUGACCAAACUGCCUCAAUUCCAGUUGUUGAUGCAAAACCGCCACUUCCCUCCAAAUUUAAAAACACCAAAUUAAAAAAUCAACAGAAAAAGAAGUUGUCCCAACGUAAAAAAGACUCGAUUUCUUAUAUUGAUUGUUUUGAAGACUGUGCAAAACCAAUGCCAAAACCCAAAGAGUCUAAUUAUCGAAUAAAAGUCACCAGCGACAUUUUCUAUUCAUUAAACUUUCUCGAAAAUAGAAAUUCGAACACUUGUCCACCACUUCAACAAAGAGACACACAAACCGAUUCACAACGAAAAAUCGAAACGCUUGUGCACGCCCUCCCAUCACUCGCAGAGUUGGGAGGACAACACCACCAACGCGCAAACGACUUUGCGACAAUGGAGAAACUUAAGCCGAAAAUAAUUGAGCUGAAACAACACAAACACAUUCCAAAGCCUUCACAAAACACUUUUAAAGACAAACCACAACAAGAAAUACCAACUAAAACAGUCCCGUUUAGAUCAUUCGGACAAAAGGCUCAAGACAUGUAUGACAAAAUCCGACACAAUGAAGUGGUGGAAGUCUUAAAAAUAUGGGAAAACGAAGAGAAAGGGAAAAAGAGCGAUUGGGUCAUUGUCGAUUUACUUUUACUCAGAAACGUUGCGAAAUUGGGAAUUGGAGAAGGUGUGUUUGAAUUGUCUAAAGAAGACCAAAUCAAGUAUUUCUUUUAUAGAAAGGGAGUUGUAAACGAAGAAGAGAUGUUGAAAAUAUUAUUGGAAAGAGUCGAACAUCUCAGAGUUAGAAUUAAUGCGUUUGAACGAAAGUAA